UGCCACUUCCGGUUGACAUUUCGUCAGAAAUAUGUUGUUUAUAACUGCGCUGAACGGUUAACCCAUGCAUUAUUCAGCUUUUGUGAACGCAGAAAUGUUAGUGACGCGUUGACUUCGCCUCAUUUAUAUUUUUCUUACAAAGAAACGAAUUUUUAUUCGACUAGCUAAAGCUUGGAGGCUUGAACGCAUCGAAAUUUGCAACAACUACAACAACAACUGAAAGACGAAAUCGAAAGUACGAGAACAGGCCAUUUUACGAAGACUUAUUGGACGCCAGAUGAAGAUCGCCAUGUACUCAAACGUUAUUAACCUGCUCCUUUUGCUGAUCUCAGUGAUUGGUGUACAUUCAGCUGAAGGAUUUGGCAGUGACCGUAUUCUCUUGAAAGAUGUUCAAGUCUUGACUCUGAAGCAAGGUCACAUGACCAAUGGGAGAAGAUCAUCACCAGUUCCUCAGUUAAGUUGUGUUGGUGGGUCAGCUAAAUCCCUUUUCAACCCAUCUGUUGUUCAGUGCUAUAACAGAGGAUUUGAUGGAUAUGAUGUUCAGUGGGAAUGCAAGGCUGACAUGGACAAUGCCUAUAGGUUUGGCCAGGUUGGUGUGACAUGUGAAGGUUAUGACUACCCAGAUGACCCUUACAUUCUAAAAGGCUCCUGUGGGUUGGAGUAUACUCUGGAGCUUACGGAAGAGGGAUAUCAGAAGAAACAGAAUACUGGGUACCAUCAUUCCAGUGGAUACAGUGAUCAUCAUGGGAGCUAUUCAUCCUCACAGUAUGGAAAGAAAGCAUCAUCUGUUUUUGGUGAUCUAGUUGCCCUGGCAAUCGUAGCUCUCAUUGUGUAUGGUAUCUACAGGACGUGUGUCGCAUCCCCAAGGGCAGAUAACUCCACUGAUGAGACUCACAGAACUCAAGAUUGGGGUAGUCGUCCCCCUCCUCCAGGUUUCAGAUCAGAUUACAUGCCAGGAAGUGACAAAUACAGUGGAUCUGGCACCUACAGCUCAAGCUCUAGAAGUAACACCAACAGUGGAGGCUUCUGGACUGGGGCUGCCACAGGAGGUCUGCUGGGCUACCUAUUUGGGAGCAGAGGGAGUCGCACAUACAACACGUACCAACCAGGAUAUCAGCCCAAUAAUUCAUGGUGGGGAACCCCUUCAUCUGGCUGGUCUUCUGGCUGGGGUGGGUCCUCUGGCUGGGGUGGGUCCUCUGGCUGGGGUGCCUCUCACAGAUCAACCUCCUUUGGAGGAUCCAGUGGGGGCUUCAGUUCAGGAACUCGCACAGCCUCAGGGUUUGGUGGUACAAAGAGGCGUUAGUCAAUGGACAGAUGAAUGGCCCAGAUGAAAGUCAGCAGCUAAAAGGGGGAAAUUCAACUUGUACUUGGCAGGUUGACCAAAAUCUGUACUAGGGUAUUGCUUUUAUGAUGUUAAUAACAAAUCCUAAUUUCCGUAUUUUCUUUGAAUAAAUGUGAUAUUUGAAGUCAUUUGGUGCAAAAGUGGAACUGUUCGUGUGGAUUUUAUCGUCAUAGUUCAGAUGCCUCUUUUGCUGAGUAUCACACAUGAACAUCUCCUUUUAAAUCCUGACAUCUUUGCUCAGAGCCUGCCUCCAGUGCCCUGUUUACCUGGAACAUGAUCAGAAAGUAAUUUUAGUGCUUAAAGAGGCUAUACCAGAGAUGCAUGGUGAGAAAUUGAUCAGAGCAACUCUAGUAAAAUUUUUGAUGUUAUUUAAGAAAGGCCCAGCUAACUAAAAUAUCAGCCUCUCCUCACCUCCUACUAUUCAGAAAUGUUAAUAAAAUUCCUAAAAUUUAUACAACAGGUCACAUUUUUACUUUUUUAAGCUACAGAAUCACUUUGAUUAUAUAUAGCACAUGUAUGAGCUGAUAUUUACUAAAGCAAUGGUUUGAGCUAUUGGAAAGACUUGAUUUGAUUAGCAAAAAUAGGAUUUUUUUCCAAAAAAUCUCUGAUAUAGCCUCUGUAAAUAUAAGUUUAGAAGCAUCAUGAAUUUUACAUUUUGUUUCAUGACAUGUGCAUAAUCCUCUUUCAAAACCAUAUAUGUCUCACAAUUUUUGACUAAUAUACAUUUAUCUCUGCCGAACAGAGGUUAUGUGUCUAAACAUACUUGUUAGUGAAUUGUAGAUCAUAUAAAAUGGUAUUUUAUAGUAACUGGGUUGCUAUAAAACUAAUUGUGAAACUAAAAAAUACUACCUGCCUACCAGUUGGAGAGACUUUGUGUUUAGGCUUAGAAAUCAUAUCUUAAACUGAUAUUUGAUAUAGAAUAUGGUUUCCUGUAAAUGUGUGUAUAUGUAUCAUACCUAUAAGUUUUUUUUAAUUAUUCUUAACAAUAACCAGUACACAGAAUUAUUUAGGCAUAGAUCUUAAUUUUUUUUUUCGUUCUGUGGUUGUUGUUUUUCUUUGCCAUAUGCUUUUGUGUUUGUGGUGAUAUGUUCCAAUGUGCCAUUCCUGUAAUUUUGUUAAGGUAUUACGUUGGAGCUACUUUAGGACUUCAGAAGAUGAAGGUUUAAAAUGACUUGUUUAAUGAUUGGAAAAAUCAUAUCGGUAUGAGGAGGGAUGCUCAUUAAUAAUGUUCCUAAUCAUUUUGUUGUUUGCUUUUUUGUGUUUGUUGGUAGCGGACAAAGAGGAGCAUUUAGAAAUAGUGCCUUUGUUAUUUGAAUAACUAAGUGUAAAUAAGAAAAUAAAUUACCUCUAUACAUUAAUUAGUUCCUGUCUUUGAAUGUGAUAACUACAGUAUUGUGUUAAAUGUAUUUCUAUUUGUUUUUAUUGAUCUUCACUAUACUAUAAUAAAUGCCAUUAAUAAGAAAGAAUCGUG